AUGGAUGAGUUUGCCAACCCCGCAACUUUGAUCGACUACCAGGUACUCCGUACACGCCUGUCUAUCUCCAUUAGCCGAGACCCCUUCAACGCCAAGAGAGUUAUUUGCUGUGUGGAUAUCACGAUGGCUGAGUCAUCUUUGGAGCCUCUGAUGCAUAACUGGUCCCUCUCGCAAGACUCACCUUUCGAGUACACAGCCCUUCACACGGGACAGAUACGACUGCUUCAGUUGAACCCAGCGAACAACGAGGAAGACCUGCUGCGUGGUGAACUACUUGUCAAAAGCUUGGAUCAACUUCCUCCUCGAGCAAGACCUGGGCGCAACGGUGACGAUGGGCCGAUCGAUCCAAAGAAGCAUGUUUGCUUCGAGGCUAUUUCCUACGUAUGGGGCGACGCAACUCUCACGGACUCCUUCUUCACCCCUCAGGGUUAUAUACCCAUCACAGCCUCACUCGGCUCCAUCUUAAGACGCCUGCGUGAUACGUCCAAGUCCCAACUCUACUGGGCUGACGGAAUCUGCAUCAACCAAGCCGAUAUGACUGAGAAGGGAACCCAAGUUUCUCUCAUGGGUGUCAUCUAUAGCUCUGCCAUGCGCGUAAUGUGCGACAUCUGCGAAGAGACAGAAGACAUAUCUCUUAUUCUCGACGCUAUGGAUAAAUACUGGAAACGCAACAUUCGCCACGGCUACGUUAUGGGCCAAGGCGAAGGAAUGGUUCUUUCCGGCGAGUCCACUGCCAAAUUAAUGGAGGUACAACUCCCAACGGACGAAGAGGCGGAUGCGAUUGAGGAGGUCGACGGCGAAGAGUGGCCACAGCGCUAUCUUGAACUCGUCUCCGCGCCCUGGUUCCACCGUCUCUGGGUUGUGCAAGAGUUUGUCCUCGGCCGUGAUGUUAUUAUGAUCUUUGGCCGUCGACAUGUACCAUGGGGACAGCUCUGGGCGGGCACAAUAUGGUAUGGCGGCGUCUCAUGGCCGUGGGACUCUGCUGAAUUUACCACCGAGCAGCUGACUAGCAUAUUCAUGUCAUACAAUGCCAUGUCUCUGGUUCGUUCAUGCCGGACUGUCGACAUCAACACACCACAUGGCCGGGAGUUCAACAAGCUAGUCAAUCUACUCCUCUGCGGUGUUGAGAUGAACCAGGCCAACCUGAGCAUGUGUCUGGUAUUCUUCUGCUCUCAUGGCUGUACUGUGCCACGGGAUCGAUACUUUGGUAUUCUGGGUAUGGUGGAUGAAGAGGAUAGAAAGAACGCAGUGGGUUUGAAACCCAAUUAUACAUCACCUAUCAGGGAAAUAACCAUGAACUUCUGGAAAUAUGCGAUUCAGUAUGCUUCUGGGGGUGAGCUCAUCCUUUUUGCAGGACUGCCUGGUCGAGUAGAAAAUUACCCCUCUUGGUUGCGGGAUAUCACUGCCUCUAGUCCGAUGAGCCAUAUUUGGAUCGGUGCACCUCUUAGCACAGCUUGGCAUAAGGCUGGCGGAGCGGCUAGUACAUGGUUUGCAAGGUUCAGAGAUGAUGACUCUGAGUGUUUAUUCGUACAAGGGUAUUACAUUGACGAUAUCAGCGAGAGAUCAUAUCUGGAACCACUGCAACGAAUGGACUUGGGUGGACUAGGCCUUUGGCUCAACGAGGCUUUUGUCUUCUUCACAUCGGGUCUGAAGACUUUGGACUGCGACACAGACAUGCGAUAUGCUCUCACAGGCGAGCACAUUCACGAAGCAGCUCUAAAGGCAGCGUGUGAUUUCAACUGUCAAGAUGCUACACCUGUUGGUAUCAAGGCCUUCGAACCAAUUCUCCGGAUGGGCCUCUCCAUACCACUCGUGGCUACAUCUGACUCCAUCGAAGGUGAAGACAUGGAAGCAAAAAUAAUAACUGCGUUCCAAGACAAGGCCGAAGUGCUCGAGGCGCUGUUUCUGCGGGUAUAUACAUCCCGAGGAAUGCGCUUCUGCAGGACGAAGAAGGGUUUAAUUACUAUGUUGCACAAAGAAGCUUGUGUUGGCGACUCGAUCUGGAUCCUUAAAGGAUGCCGAUUACCGGUUGUUUUACGGCCGAGUGUGUCGCACCCUGGCUCGUUUGAGUUUGUUGGGGGUGGUUAUGUGGCUGGAUUGAUGAAUGGGGAGGCUCUGCAUAGGCCGGGGUUCAGAUGGAAGGGUGUCUCGCUAAGGUAG